AUGGAAUUUAUCAGCAAUUCAUCGUUAUCAACUAUCUCCAAUAAUAAUCAACUUGAAAUGAGAAAAGAUACAUCUUUAGCAUUCGGCUAUGAUUAUGGUAUAACUUCAACAAUACAAGGAAGAGGCUUGAUAGCACGUUUAGUAGAUGAUUACAGGGAACAGAGAGAACGACGACGAAUGAUGUUAUGUCAUUGUCUUGAAGAGAUUAUGAAUGAUGAAGUUGAAAGGAUACUGAAAGGACCUGCAUCCAUUCUUGAUUAUGUUGAUAUUUUUAAAGUUCAAGUGGUUCUAAUGCAUGAAUGGGUUUUAAGUCUUGAAGAGUUUAAGUAA